AUGUCCCGCGAAGAGAGCCUCAACUGCAUGAACACCGCCGCCCAGUGGGAGAUGGACGCCGUGUGGAAAUGGCUCGACGAGGAGCCCACGCUCUCGGUGGCCGUGAUCACGGGCGCAGGCAAGAAAGCCUUCUCCACCGGCGCUGACCUCAAAGAAUGGAACAACUCCAUGGCCGACGAAAACGCUGACCCAAGAAACCGUGUCGGCAACCGGCCCGCCUUCACCCCGCUCAGUCGCCGGCUGGGCAAGAAACCCGUCAUCGCGGCCGUCAACGGCCUGGCCGUCGGCGCCGGCACCGAGUUCGUCGUCAACUGCGACCUGGUCGUCGCCGCCGAGAACGCGACCUUCGCCCUGCCCGAGGUCAAGCGCGGCGUGGCCCCCAUCGGCGGGUGUCUGCCGCGACUCAUCCGGACGAUCGGGCUGCAGCGCGCGUCCGAGUUUGCGCUCACGGGCCGCAGCAUCACCGCCCAGGAGGCGCUCGCCUGGGGGCUUGUCAACAAGGUCGUGCCGCAGGACGAGGUCGUCGCCGAGGCGGUGCGCUACGCCUCGCUCAUCGCGGAGAACAGCCCCGACGCCAUCAUCUGCACGCGCGCGGGGCUGAGGCAGGGCUGGGAGACGGCUGCCGUCGAGCGCGCGGUCGAUAUCACGCUCGAGCGCGAAUGGGCCGAGCUGCAGAAGGGCGAGAAUAUCCGUGAGGGGCUGCGCGCGUUUGCGGAGAAGAGGGCUCCUGUGUGGAGGGGGACUACUUUCACGAAAAAACACUGA